AAUAUAUUAUCAUGAUUAUCAAGUGAAACGUGCACGUGUGGCAUUUGAAAAGAAUAUGGAGAUAAUAAAAAAGCAUAACGAAGAAGCCAAAAUGGGUAAACAUACAUACGAAUUACGUGCAAAUAGUAUGACAGAUUACACACAAGAAGCAUAUUUGAAACGAUUCGUCCGCCUUAAAGAAGUUGUUCAUCCGGAAAGUUUACCGCAAAAUGAAGUAAAUGCUGAAGAUAAAGAAGCACUGCGCCGUGCAAUUCGUCAUAGUCCAAACGACGAUACUUAUAUACCCGAAACGCUGGAUUGGCGUGAUUUGGGUUUCAUAACCAAACCAAAAAAUCAGCUGUCGUGUGGAAGUUGUUAUGCAUUUUCGGUUGCAACAAGCAUUGAAGCGCAAAUAUUUCGUCGAACUGGAAUGGUUGUACCAUUAAGUGCACAGCAAUUUGUUGAUUGUAGCAUUGAUUGGGGCAAUGGUGCCUGUCAAGGUGGCAAUUUUCGUGGAACUCUUCAAUAUCUUCAAUCUACAAACGGUUUAAUGCGAGAAACCGACUAUCCAUAUGCGUCUGAGCAACAAGAGUGCAUGUACAAUCCAAAUUUAUCCGUCGUAAAUGUUACGAGGUGGGCAAUACUUCCGAAAAAAGAUGAAAAAUCACUUGUAAAAGCCAUUGCACAAUAUGGACCAAUUCCAAUAACUAUAAACGCAGCACCAAAAUCAUUUCAACUAUAUUCGCAUGGAAUUUAUUCAGAUUCCUCAUGUACCGAUAAAAUGGUGAAUCAUGCGAUGCUUGCCGUUGGUUAUACUCCAGACUAUUUUAUUUUGCAGAAUUGGUGGGGUGAUCGCUGGGGUGAGACUGGCUACAUGAAGAUUGAAAGACAUCGUAAUAGAUGCGGUUUGGCCAAUUAUGCUGCCUAUGCAAUGGUCUGAAGAUGCAUAAUACUGAUUGUAAUAGCUUGUCACCAU